UUGUUCAAUUCAUUAGGUGGAAGCCAAGAUCCAAACAUAAGACCAUCAAAAGUGUUGGAAAUCGUGGAUUUAUCUUGGAAUCAAAUCUCAGGAAGCAUUCCGAGAGUUAUUGGGUCAUUUCAAAGCCCAACUUCUUUGAACUUGUCUAGGAAUUCAUUCUCAGUACCCAUUCCCAACACAAUGGGCAAUUUGAUAACAUUGGAUUACUUGGAUCUUUCACACAACAAUCUAUCUGGACAGAUACCUAAAUCUCUUGAGGCACUUUCACAUAUCCAAUACAUGAAUUUCUCUUGCAAUAAGUUGGCUAGGGAGAUUCCAAAUGAAGGGCCUUUCAUGAACCUCACAUCACGGUCUUUCAUGGAGAAUGAAGCACUUUGUGGGUAUCCUAUUUUGAAAGUGCCACCAUGUGCAAGCAAUAGUUCCAAGAAGUCGAUGAUUAAAAUUAAUCUUCGAUACAUUCUUCCUAUCGUUGCAUUGAUGCUAAUCUUUUCUAUUGGUGUGUAUAUUGUGAAAAGAAAUCAUGGAAACAAUGUCCAAAGUGAAAAUCUGAUAGAUUUAUAUGCAACAACAAAGCACAGAAUGAUUUCAUAUCUAGAGCUUCGACGAGCCACAGAUGACUUCUGCGAAGCCAACUUGCUUGGAGUAGGAAGCUAUGGCUCGGUAUAUAGAGGUAUACUUUCAGAUGGGACAAUUGUUGCCGUUAAGGUUUUAAAUUUGCAACUUGAAGGAGCUUUCAGAAGUUUUGAAGUAGAAUGUAAAGUGUUGCGAACAACUCGACAUAGAAAGCUCGUUGGAGUUAUAACGGCAUGCUCUAAUCCUGAGUUAAGAGCAUUGGUUUUGCAAUAUAUGUCUAAUGGAAGCCUUGAAAUGUGGUUAUAUUCUCAUAACUCUUGCCUUAAUCUCCUUCAAAGGAUUGGCAUCAUGAUUGAUGUAGCAUUAGCUCUAGAAUAUCUCCAUUAUGGUCAAUUAGAGCCUGUGGUUCAUUAUGAUUUGAAGCCGAGCAAUGUCCUUCUAGAUGAAGACAUGGUUGCACAUGUUGCUGACUUCGGCAUUGCAAAAAUUUUAGCUGAAAACAAGACUGCAAUACAAACCAAGACUUUAGGUACCAUUGGCUAUAUUGCUCCAGAGUAUGGCUCCGAAGGACAAGUCACAACAAAUGGUGAUAUAUAUAGCUAUGGUGUGAUGCUUUUGGAAACAUUCACAAGAAAGAAACCCACAGAUAAAAUGUUCUCUGCAGAGGUUAAUUUAAGGCAAUAG